AUGGCUUCCUUUCUGGAUAAUGCGUACAGCUUGGUGCACCAGGACAAUUCAGCAGACCAGCCUUCGCAACAAGACCUCAAGACGCAGUUGGAAAAGGGCACUGAAGACUCAAAAGUGGAGACCAUGAAGCGCAUUCUCACAAUCAUGCUUAAUGGCGAUCCAAUGCCUAAUCUCCUCAUGCACAUCAUCAGGUUCGUCAUGCCGGCGAAAGGCAAGCAUCUAAAGAAGCUAUUAUACUUUUACUAUGAAAUUUGUCCGAAGCUGGACGCCAAUGGAAAGCUGAAGCAGGAGAUGAUACUGGUGUGCAACGGGAUACGCAACGAUUUGCAGCACCCAAAUGAGUUCAUCCGCGGCAAUACUCUGCGCUUUCUGUGCAAGCUUCGAGAACCAGAGCUUCUGGAACCUCUACUUUCGUCCGCUCGAUCCUGCCUCGAACACCGACAUGCUUAUGUUCGAAAGAAUGCUGUGUGGGCUGUUGCUUCUAUUUUCCAGCAUUCAGAAAGCAUGAUUCCAGAUGCUCCAGAGUUGAUUCAAAACUUCCUUGCUAAUGAAAGUGACACUACAUGCAGGAGGAACGCAUUUGCAGCAUUGAUGGCUGUCAGCCAUCAGAAAGCGCUUGAAUACCUGAAUAGUGCCUUUGACGGUAUACCUAGCGCAGACGAACUGAUACAGCUAGUCGAAUUGGAAUUUAUUCGCAAGGAUGCAAUCCAAAACUCCGCGAACAAAGCUCGCUAUCUUCGUCUCAUCUUCGACCUCCUCGAAGCCGGCGCAAGCACCGUGGUUUAUGAAGCCGCUACUUCUCUGACAGCACUUACGAGCAACCCUGUGGCGGUGAAAGCUGUAGCAGGAAAGCUGAUAGAACUCAGCAUAAAGGAGGCCGACAAUAAUGUCAAGUUGAUUGUUCUGGAUAGGGUUGAUCAGCUGAGGCGGAGAAAUGAAGGGAUUCUAGAUGAUCUAGCAAUGGAAAUCCUGCGUGUGUUGUCAAGCCCUGACUUGGACGUGCGUAGAAAAGCUCUAGGUAUCGCUUUGGAAAUGGUCUCUAGCAAGAACGUGCAGGAAGUCAUCAUGUUACUGAAAAAGGAGCUUGCAAAGACGGUCGACGAGCAAUACGAGAAGAAUACAGAGUAUCGUCAGCUGCUCAUUCAAUCGAUACAUCAAUGUGCCAUCAAGUUCUCGGAGAUUGCCGCGAGUGUGGUGGAUGUCUUGAUGGACUUUAUUGCAGACUUCAACAACAGCGCUGCAGUGGAUGUCAUCUCAUUUGUCAAGGAGGUGGUUGAGAAAUUCCCGAAACUACGGCCCUCGAUUGUUGAAAGACUGGUAUCCACUCUAGGUGAGGUGCGGGCAGGGAAGGUGUACAGAGGGGCUCUGUGGGUUGUUGGAGAAUACUCUUUACGAGAGAACGACAUCAGGGAUGCGUGGAAGCGGAUACGAGCAAGUCUAGGAGAGAUACCUAUACUCGCUUCCGAGCAGAGAUUGCUUGACGAAGCAUCUGAUGAGCAUGCCGAGCCCAAAGAACAGGUCAAUGGCCAUGCCAAAUCUGCUCCGAGCGGCUCUCGAAAGGUACUAGCCGAUGGCACAUAUGCCACAGAAAGCGCCCUCACAACGAACUCGGCUGCUGCAGCAAAGCUUGAAGCUGUGAAGGCAGCUCAAAAACCGCCGUUACGACAGUUCAUCCUCGAUGGGGAUUACUAUCUUGCUACAGUCCUCUCGUCGACCCUUACAAAGCUUGUCAUGAGAUAUUCCGAAAUAUCUACCGACGAAGCCAGAACUAAUGCUCUCCGUGCAGAAGCAAUGCUGAUUAUGAUAUCCAUUAUACGGGUCGGACAGUCACAGUUUGUCAAAGCUCCCAUCGAUGAGGAUUCUGUGGACAGAAUCAUGUCAUGUGUUCGAUCACUGGCGGAAUUUGCCCAAAGACGAGAACUUGAGACCACGUUCCUUGAAGACACGCGCAAAGCUUUCCGUGCCAUGGUCCACGUUGAAGAGAAAAAACGAGCCGCUAAGGCUGCUGUCGAAAAAGCAAAGACCGCUGUUCAGGUGGACGACGUAUUUCAGAUUCGCCAACUUGCGAAGAAAUCCGACGGAAGCGUGGACGAAAUCGAGCUGGACCUUGAGAAAGCGACUGGCGGAGAUUCUGCAACUGGAGACCUCACCUCUAAACUAUCCCGCGUCGUCCAAUUGACUGGCUUCUCCGACCCAGUUUACGCAGAAGCAUAUGUCACAGUUCAACAAUUCGACAUCAUUCUAGACGUGCUCCUAGUCAAUCAAACUACCGAGACGCUCCAAAACCUCUCCGUCGAAUUCGCCACGCUUGGUGACCUCAAAGUUGUCGAACGACCCACAACGCAAAACCUCGGCCCACGAGACUUCCUCAAUGUUCAGUCCACCAUCAAAGUCUCCAGCACGGACACCGGCGUCAUCUUUGGAAACGUCGUCUAUGACUCGCCCAGCGGCACCGACACCCACGUCGUCAUCCUCAACGACGUGCACGCUGACAUCAUGGACUAUAUCAAGCCUGCCACUUGCACCGAGACGGCGUUCCGGACCAUGUGGACCGAGUUCGAGUGGGAGAAUAAGGUCAAUAUCAACAUCAAGGGUGGAAAGGAGAGCAAGACGCUGCGACAGUUCUUGGACCAUCUGAUGAAGAGUACGAAUAUGAGUUGUUUGACUCCUGAGGCAAGCUUGAGCGGUGACUGUCAGUUUUUAAGCGCGAACCUUUACGCCAGGAGUGUUUUUGGCGAAGACGCGUUGGCGAAUCUGAGCGUCGAGAAGGAAGGCGAGGAUGGACCGAUCACGGGCUUUGUGCGCAUCAGGAGUCGAUCGCAGGGGUUGGCCUUGAGCUUGGGCUCGUUGAAGGGACUCAAAGCCGGCACCAUCUGA